UCGUCAAACCGACACAAUUUAUAACGUUAUCCACCAUACAAUUUAAUUUAGAAUAAUGCCUACGCGCCGAUAUAAAAUAUUUUAAUUAAAUUUUAUUACACACGAUGUUCUUCAUUUUGCAGUUAUUUAUAGUCAUUAUAGUAAGUGUUUCAAGUCAGACCACAAGCAGUCAGAACUCCACUACGAUAACAUCCCAUAAAGUGAACUACUUAGGAAGAAUUGUUGUAAAAGAAGUUACUAAGCCUCAUAAUUUAUUUAUCGGAAGAUGUACGAAAAAUCAUAUUUUACUGCAUCAAGAGAGAGUCGUUUUAAAUAAUGAUGGACGGAGUCAAAUAUUUGCAAAUAUAAGGAUGAACGUGGAUGGAAAUGUUCUCAUAGAUUGCGUUAACGUUUAUGAUGAGAGUCCGGAAGUUUUAGCAUAUCCUAGUUAUGCUGCAGGUGGGAUUGGACAUAACUACGUAGAAUUCAACGUCCUCACGACGUUUGGCAAUGGUUUCAACUUCUUCGUACAGAUUCGUGGACAUAAUACGACAGCGGGUGCUUAAGAACGCACCAUUAAACGCGUAUUAUUAAAACAAACAUGUAAUUUAUUACUAUAAACAUAAAAUAUAUUGUAAUAUUUAAAAAAAAAAAUGUUUAUUUUAAUUUAAACAUAUUUUAAGGUAAUACAAAUACUUAGAAG